UUCUAAAGUUUUGGAUUUUCAAAACUGGAUUGUAUAAACAGUUGUGCCCUCGAUUCCAUAAAGUUAUAACAAAUAUAAUAGAUAGAUUACCUGCAUUCGUAGAAGUUUUUCCUACCUGAAAAGUGAAUUGACACUAAAAAUUAGGCUAUGAUGGUGCAGAAUAAUUACGGUGGCAAGUCCUGUAGUAAUGAACAUCAACAGGACCUGUCCAAUGUUGAAAUAGGUAAUGUCGACGACAAACCCACUUACGCUUUGGAACAUUUAGCCACUUUCAAAGUAAAGUAUGAAUCCGAGAUAUGUAAUCCAAAAGAAAAGCUAAAGAUUCUGAUGAAGUUGGAUGAGUCAGGAGCCAUUUGGUCUCAGAAAAUGUAUAUGUCCUUUAGUGGACAAUGGCUGGUAAUGUUGGACUCUGAAAUGAAGGAAAUUGAAAAUUUCCCAGGUUCUCUGAUAAAAGAACCAAUGGCGUUCAUCAGUGAGGACCCAUUAGAGAUUUACAAUAAUAUUCUCGUAUUUACAGUACCAGGCGUCUCUUUGGGAACGACAGAAAUGCACUUUUUUCAGGUAACGAAUGUGUCGUCAAAACAUUUGGUUGAAGACUUGAAGCAAUUGAGCACUGGCAAAACGGUGCUGAUUGAUCGAAAUUUGACACCUGUCAAAGUAUUUAAAGCCGAAAAACCCUCCCAUAAUGCUCGCGAUCAAUAUGGUAUUGCUACAGCUGCUGCAAAAAUGGCUAUACAAAAGAAUGCUCAUGAUGCUGAGCAAAGCUUGCGUGACAUUCAGGUCUUAAAUCAUUGUUUCGAAGAUAUCGAAAGAUUUGUAGCACGUCUGCAAUAUGCUGCAGAGGCACUGCGCGAAUUAGAAUUACGUCAUAAUGAUCACAACCCACAUGGAGAGGGACUGCUAAUAUUACGGUCACGCCCACCCAUUGAAAGCGAGUUUUAUGAUAUUUUUGCAAAAGUUAAAAUGGCCAUAAAUUAUGUUGUUAAGCUAAAUCAUAAUUUCUCUAACGGAACGAAACCGAUUUCUGAUUUAUUCAUUUCAUUGCGAACCAUUGUGAAUGUUUGUAAUGAUGUACAUGUUAGUGCUAAUAUACCAGAGAAUGUUGUAAACCCUCUGCUGCGACGUGAUACCAUACAAUUUUUAUCUAGUUGUUUAAAUACAUCGGACUCUGAUUUCUGGAGAUAUUUAGGAAAAAACUGGACUACAGCGAAGGAAUAUCAUAAAGAUCAUAAAGGAUCGUUCCAUCCGAUAUUCUACGAUGAUUGGUCACCGGAUUGGAUAGUUGACGAAGAAGUUACAUAUGUAACACCGCCAAAACCUAAUUCGCCGGUAACUCCACGGAUUUUAGCAAGUAAUGCCGUUUGGCUGUCACGUUUGCAAUCAAGAAAUGUGAAAAUUGCAGAAGUGGUAUAUAAUAGCAAAGCAAAUAACGAUAAAGAGUUGAAUGCUUCAAUUGGAGAAUAUCUUGAGGUUAUAGAUGAUACACGUAACUGGUGGAAAGUCAGAAAUUCAGUGGGCAACGUCGGUUAUGUUCCGCAUACAGUCCUUAAACCACAUAACUUUGAAGGGCAUUCCAAUUACUCAAUGAAGGAUGCAGACUCAAUUGCCUCAUCUUUGCACGAAGCAGAGGCAAUCAAUGCGAACAACAUAUAUCGAAAUACACUCACUCCUUUUGUUGAUGUAGCAGAACGCGAAUCGAUGACUUCUAAUAAUAUAGCAAAAUCUAUGCCACGCUCUUACAGCAUGCCAAAUGUUCCGAUUCCACCCCCUAUGCCUCCUCCAACAGAUAGUGAGACACCGACACCAAGUGGUACUCUCAAGCGUAAUAUGGCUGCUGCUGGCAGUUUAGCAGCUAUGAGAGCUCGCAAUGACACUGAGGCCAAUGACGAGCUAUUUUUGCUGCAAGGGUCAAUUAAUGAGGAAUUGAGAAAUACACUAUAUCAGAGAGAACGACGCAAGGAUUUAGAAAUAUUAACAACGCCUAAUAUAUACAUAAACCAGUAUUCGUCACCCAAGGAAGUAGAGGAAUGGCUGCGUGCUAAAGGUUUCCCAAAUAGCAUUGUAUCCAAGUUGUGCAAAUUAAAUGGGGAGGAAUUAUUUGCAUUAUCACCCCAUGUUAUCGAGGGAUAUUUUGGCCAAAAAGAGAGUAGACGUUUAAUUUCUCAAAUAGUACUUCAGAAGAACAUCUGUGAAUAUAAAACAGUUCGUUCUUCCGAGCUAUCGGCGAAAUUGGCGAAAGCCCGUCAAAAAGCGGACCAACAACGCAACGAUCCAAAUGAAGUAUUCUAAUUAGAAGGAUUGUUUUAUACAUUUUCCGGCGUUUAACCCUUUCGGGGCUUCUUUUUUGUUUUUGGUUUUAAAAAUCUAUUUUUUAGUUUUUUUAUAAACUUAAUCCCACUUUAUGAAUAAUCAAAACUAAUUUUUUAACAUUUAAAGGAAAAAAGAAUAAAAUAUAUAAGUUUUUAAUUCAGUUUUAAAA